ACUAUGGACACUUCAUCAUAUGUAAAAUCAUCGAAUGCCAAACGUUUCGUCAUCGAAGAUUCGAUUACCAAAGUUACUUCGGAUGGCGAACCCCAUGGCAUGAUGACCAUGAUUGCCGGACUCUCUGGAGUCCUGGCGGCCGUGGUUAUUCUAACAGUUCUGAUCUUUUUGGUGGCCUGUAAGAAAUCCAAUAAGAAACAUGAAUGUGAUAAAUGCUCUGAAACGGGAUCCACCAGUGGCGCCUCAGGCAAACGAUCAUCCACUCUCAGUGAUGGUGAUCUAAUAAUCGAUGGCCAUAGCAAAUGUUCAUCCAUUGCCACGAUUUAUGAAUGCAAUGGCAAAGUGGAGAGUAGCUGCCGCAUUGAUGGUGGCGGUAUUUGCAAAACUGGACGUUCCGUUUCCACGCCCAUCAUCCACAAAUGUGGAAAUCUGCAAAGUAAUCUCAACAAGGCCUUUGAAUCGAGUGAACUUAGCUUGCAGGGUAAUUUGGAAAUGGGCAAGAAGCAGAAGCGAACCCAUUGGCAGGAUGAGGUGAUGAAGACCCAGCAUGAGACCACCAUAGAAAUUGAACGUUAUUAA